AUAAUAUUCUAUUUAUAUUAUUAUUGAGUUAAUGUGAAUUUAUAAAUUUUAUUGUUUUAUAGUGCAAUUUUGGGGUCUUUUGUUAAUCUCACUGUAAUGGAACAGGGUACUACUCACUCCCCUAUUAUUUCUAUUCGCUCCAUUACAACUAUUACCCCUUAUACCACACAUAUGCCUAUCCAUAUAUAAAUAAUUAUAGUAUAAUAAUAUUAUACUACUGGUAUACUGAGGGUUAAACCGUAAUAUUACCAUUUUGAUUGCAAUUUAAUUAUUUCAAGGGUCAAAGUAAAUUUCUUGCUCGUAGAUUUGUAAAAUUUUCUGGAUAAAUAUUGUUAAUUUUGAUUAUUUUUGUAAUACUGAUUUGUAUUUGUAGAGAUGAUGAGAUUGUUCAGGCGCAACUCCAAAACCAUUUCCAACGCCAGUGAUACAUCACAACAGCCCAGUACUUUAACGGAUAAUCCAACUCCAGUUACUCUAGAAGAUUCUGAUAACAUUGUUGAUGCUGUUGAUAUGGUUGACACUGUUGAUAUGGUUGACACUGUUGAUAUGGUUGACACAGCUGAUAUGGUUGAUAGUUUUGAUAGUGUUGCAGAUAGUUCUGAGAUUGUUGAUGAUUCUGCUUAUAUCGUAGAUGAUUCUGUUGAUAUCGUAGAUGAUUCUGCGGAUAUGGUUGACACAGUUGACGUUAUUGAAGAUAGUGUUAAUGGUGGUGAAAUUGUAGCGGUUACAGUUUCUGAUACUAGUGAUAUAGUAAUGGAUAAGGUAGAAGAGUUGGAAAAUACAUUAGUAAAUUCUUUUUCAGGGGACACAGCAGAGAACUCCAUUGAAUUAGAUACUACUGCUAUCACUGACGCUAUGGUUUUGGACAACUCUGUAGAAAAUCUCAAUACUAACAGUAACAACUCAGCAAUUGUUAGUACUGGUGAGGCAGAUGAGAAUGUAGAAAGUAGUAGUGUAAAAAGAAGGGUUAAUAUGAAGUCAAAACGUAAGAAUUCAAAGCAUUACAAUAAUUCAUAUCAUAAUAGUCCAUAUUACCCACAAUACACCACCCCCCCAUACCAGCACACUUCUAACUACAAUACGUCAAACUAUUCUACUCCUAACUAUAGUACUCCCAACUAUAAUACACCCAACUAUGCGAACAACUAUGUGGGUCCCAUCUAUCCUUAUGGAAAUUUUAACAAAUAUUAUCCGACACAGUAUAAUAACACUGCCCCUGGCACUGCAGUUAACUUUAAUGUUAACCCGAAUAACUCUAUGAAUAUGACUGGUGUUAAUGCUCAUAACACUGGUAAUGUGAGUAGUGUGGUGAAUAAAAUUCAGUUAUUGAAGAAUAGGCAAAGGUCCGCAUUACAAAUAUUGAAUCCACACACUGGGGAAGUCAUUAAUUCAUCCACCGCCACCACACCUCAUCCAGUUAACACUGCUACUCCCACUACUACUGAGAUUCCCACCACUAAUAUUCCUACUGGUAAUAUUGAGCAUGACGCUACUAUGCCCAGUACUAUGACUAAUGCUGUACCUACUGUUGUUCCCACUGUUAUGCCUAGUUCUAUCCCUAGUACUAUUACUAAUGCGAUGACUAAUACUAUCCCCAAUACUAUGACUAGUAGUGUAUCUAGUACCAUGACUGGUAGUAUUCCAACUACGGUGCCUGAUACUAUUCCUACUGCAAUCCCAAAUGCUAUUACUAAUUCCAUCCCAAAUGCUAUGACUAAUUCCAUACCUGAUACAAUGCCUACUACGAUCCCAAAUGCUGUGACUAGUGCUAUACCUAGUAGUAAUAUUGUUGAUAUGGUAGAUAACGCGGUGACUCAGGACACUGUGGAUUUAGUUGAGAUGGCUGGGGAAAAUCAUAUCACUGCCUCGAUUUCCGUGGCAAGUGUUGACUCAGUUGAUAACAGUGACACAGUUGAUAAUGACAGUAGUGUAACUAUGAGUUUGGAUUGGCAGGAGAAUACCCCGACACAAAUGGCGCCCCCGAUUUUGUUAAUCUCAGUGCAGUCGAAGCCAAAGACCAAGAUCAAGAAUAAGCCUAUAAAUCCAGCGGAAAUUAUACUCACAUUAUCUGAGCUGCACCCGAACCCUAAUAUUUCCACACACAACUCUCACUCUAAGUCACAUUCACGCAAAAUCUACAAUGUCCCGGCUGAAACCGGUGAUGGCGUUAUUGGUGAUCGAGUUGAACCGGUUGUUAGUAAAGUUGACCCGUUGAGAAUAGUUAAGCCUGUCUUUGGAGUGGAUUCUGAGGAUAGUGAGGAUUCAGUUGAUAUAGUUGAUGACUCAUUAGUUAUUGUUGAUACUAUCAAGGAAAAUAACCGUCUAGAACUUCCGACCACUUCCCCAUUUGGUGCUGACACCGGUGAUAGCCUGUUUGAUCUUGGGAAAACAGUUAAUGGGAACACAGUUGAUAUUAUUGCUGACCCAGUUAACAUUAAUAUUAAGGAUAGCAUAACUAAAAGUAUGGUUGAGCCUGUUAGUUUGGUGGUAGACGUAGUAGAACCACCUCACACUGAGUCCAAACUUGAAUCACAGGGAUUGGAUUACUCGGUUGAUCAUUUGAUAAGACUUUCAUUUGGCGUGUUUGAUGUAGAAAUUGAAGAUUUGGGCACAUUUAAAAUCGUUCCGCUCAACUAUGUGAUCCGUAAAAAGGCUAAGAAAACACCUCAAUGGAGGGAUAUCUCAGCGACUAACUCGAUUAACACGGUAAGUAGUGUUAAUGGAGUGAAUGGAGUUAGUAGAAUGAGUAAACUGGAUCAGUUGAAGAGAUCAAUACGUACAUUAUUGAAUAAACUGACGGUGGAGAACUUUUUGGUAGUUUCAGAGAAGAUUGUGGCUAUUUAUAGAGAAAUGAGUUUAAGAGAAGAAGUGGAGGUGUUGGUGGACUUAUUACAUGAAAAGGGUACCACGGAAUUGGAAUAUGCUGAUAUGUAUGCUGACUUGGCAUUCUUACUGAGAUAUUCUUACAACGACAUCUUGGAUCUUGGGAACAAGACAACGUUGUUUCAUAAAAGUUUACUAAACAAGUGCCAAGACUCCUUUGAGCAAAUCAACUCCAACGCCUCCCUUGAUAAGUCUGUUAUUCUCGGCAGUAUUAGGUUUAUGGGUGAGCUAUUUCUGCGUAAAAUUCUCUCCAUUAAUAUUUUGAAGAGGAUUUCAAAUACCCUCUUAUUCUCACGACAAACUACUAAUAUUACCAGUGCUAACAGUAGCGGUAGUAGCAGUGAAGAAAAUCUCAACUCCACCUCUAACACCGCUACUAACGGUGUUAAUAUUGCUAAUAACAUGAAUAAUAGUAGUGCUACUACAUCAACUGAUCCUACUGUUAAUACUGCUGUAGAAACUACUGAAACUUCCACUACUACUCCUCCUACUUCUACUUCUUCUACAACUACUACAGCUACUACUGAUAAUACUAAUAACUCUGUGCCACCUGCCGCCGUACAGAAUGUGGAAGGUAUUGAGAAUGAGCCGCCGAUGAAUUUGUUGGAAUGUUUUGUGGAAUUAUUGACAACGAUAGGGUAUACAGUGGAGCAGAUACCAGGGGGAGUGCAGAUGUUGGAUGAGUAUACAGGAAUACUAAUACAGUUGAGAAAUAGCGGAAAGUACCCGACGAGAAUAAACUUCAAGAUUCAAGAUUUAAUUGAUUUGAGGAGAAGGAAUUGGAAACUAAAGUUGUUUAAGGAAAAGGCAACUUCAGUGUCACAGAUACAUAAACAGGUGGAACAAGAACAACUUACCGGCUCGAUUAAUAGCGUUGAGGGAAAGUACAUUACUGCUGGGUUACAAGUUAACCGACAUUAUACUCAAUUCCUACUGGAUAAAAGACAAAUUGCCAUAGAUUCACUUGUUAAUGGUGUUUAUACCGGUUCACCGCCAGUUGCAGGAGAAAAGAAUAGUAUGGAUGAGAUGAUGAAUAUAGUGAAGGAGUUUGAGAGUUUGUGCUGCAGAGAAGCACUUGAUGACGUUUGGAAGAAAUUCAGUCCUAACGAUUCGGAAGCUAUCGUACUCUUUCAGCAGAUGUUGAAGAGUUGUAUGAAUAACGUUGAUUUGGAUUCGGGGCUUAAAAUGGCUGAUCUUAUCGCAUUUCUAAUCGCGAAAAUUAUCGACUCCGAUACACUCAGAGCCAAACUGCUCAACAUAUUGUGUAAUAAUUAUGUGAUAAGAUUGAAUGAAGAAAUGAGUGAAAAUGAGCAUGUGAUAUCAUACGUGACGAGGAUUUUAACGAGGUUGUUCUGCAGAUUACCAGGCGAGUCACGUAACUUACUUGAAAGAAUUUCACUGCCCAAUGACUUCAAUACUGCGAAACAACUUUGCGUGUCACUCGUCCACUCGGUUAGAGAAUACUCAACAGUUGACCUGGGCUUCACGAGAAGAAUCAUAAGAAGACACCUCUACUCCACCUUCCAACAUGAAAACUUACUUUUCCUUGAUCUUAUAUAAUUUGAUUCAACUGUA